GAUGUUGAUAACAAGUGGUCCCUACUUCAUCUCUUCAAUAUCAUUUCUCAAGAUCGUAAAACCGCCGUUAAAUCUCAACUCGAUGCUUCCGUUUUUCUUCCGAAUUUAACUAUCUCCGAUAACAACGUUGGUCCACGCCGUAUUGAAAAUAAGGGAUGGAGCGACGGUGUUGUUGUUCUUGCUAAGGAUCCUAAUAAUCGCCACGACAUUGCGUUUCAUGAGUAUGUGAAAUUGGUUAAGGAAGAAAACGAUGUGACGGAAGAGGCUAUGGUGACUGAUGUGCUUUAUGCUUGUCAAGGAGUUGAUGAAUGAGUUGAGUGAUUAUUACAAGUUGUUGGCUGUGCUUGAGGCUCAUUCUUCGAAUCCGAUUCCUUUGUUUUCUGAAUCUGCAAGUUCUGUCAUCAGAGAGCUAUCAUUCCUGUUGAAGAUCAAAAGCCAUUCCUUCAUUCUGCUUAUCAGAAUCACUCCAAGGGCUUUCACAUAGACAUCAACAUGCUUCCCAAGCCAUUAACGUCAAUUGAUGAUUCGUCUUCUGCAAGUGAUGGAUCAAAGGUGCGCGUGGCUUAUCAGGGAGUGCCGGGAGCAUACAGUGAGGAUGCAGCUUUGAAAGCGUAUCCAAAUUGUGAGACUGUGCCAUGUGACGAUUACGAAGCUGCAUUUAAGGCAGUUGAACUGUGGUUGGUUGAUAAAGCGGUUUUACCAAUUGAAAAUUCUGCGGAUGGAAGCAUCCAUCGCAAUUAUGACUUACUUCUUCAACAUAAGUUGAAUAUUGUCGGAGAGGUGCAGCUGCGUGCUAACCACUGUCUCUUAGGAUUGCCCGGUGUGACAAUGGAGGAACUCGUCAGUGUUGUGAGUCAUCCUCAGGCUCUUGCUCAAUGUAGGACGGUGCUGAACGAUUUAGGUGUUGAUAAAGUUCGUGACCAGGAUACUGCCGUUGCUGCUAAGACAGUGGCCAUAAAUUGUGUAAGACACACCGGAGCCAUUGCAAGUUCCCGAGCUGCAGAAAUAUACGGCCUGGACAUUCUUGCUGAAGGAAUUCAGGAUGAUGAUGAAAAUGUUACCCGUUUCUUGGUCCUUGCGAGGGAGCCUAGAAUUCCAGGAACUGACAGGCCCCAUAAGUGUCCUCAACAACGUAAUCAAAUAGAUUGCGGGUAUUUCAUGUUGAGGUUUAUGCGAGAUACUCUUGCUUUGGGCCGAUUAAAGAUUCCCACCGAUGUAUGUAUUUCUAACUUAUGAGUUAUUUUUAUAUUU